GGUUCGUGCUUUGUGCGUACUCCGGCCGGGUUCCAUUCGUGCAUAGUGCCACAGGCACUGAUAGGUGAAUUAUGAUUUUCCUUUAUCGGCCUCGCUGGUUCAGUUCAAUUCAAUUCAUUGCAAACCACUAAACCAGCGAAGCGCGAAGUAUUGCGUAUUUUAGGUGAAAAAAAGUGAAGUAAAAAUGUCCGAAUCAACUCGUAUCCACUGGAAUAAUCUUUUUCGUUCGCCUAAACAGCGACUAAUGCUGGCUCAAAUGAUUACCGGCAUUAUUAUUAUUGGACUUGAACAUCCUAGACCACUAUACCGGAGCAAUGUUACUGUAGCUGAUUUUAUCCUGUUCUUUCUUGCACUGAGUGCAACUCUGGGUACACUGGUUAGACUGGCAGAUGUUCUGCAGGAAAACCAUCCGAUCAGGAAAGUAUUCGGAGCGACCCUGUGGUUCCGGAUGGAGCUUCGUUUCACCGGACUGGCGGCGGCAGUAUUGCAUUGCUUUGCCUGGGCCGUACUGCUGGCAGCGAUCGGUGCCCUGCGGUACCCGGUGCUGAGUAUCAUUGGCAGCGUUUUCGGUUUCAUAGCCAGUGUGCUGUACCUAAUCGACUGGUGGCAGCUUUUCCAGGAACGACCCGUACCGAGAGGUGAAAUCGGAAUCGAAGAGGGACAGCAGUCGCCAAUGGAUACAGGGGAUCACGUCGAGGGAAAGUAUCUCGCCGUAAAUCUGGCAUCCGUUCCGUUGGUUCACCAGUUUGGUGAGUCUGAUAAGAUCAACAAAGAUCCACGGAACGUGCAGCCUAACAGCUACAUAUAAUACAGGUGCCUUUUGGAGGUUGACUUGAAAGCUUGAAUAUAAAAUAUUCAUAUACAUACAAGAACUAAAGAUAACACUUCCUAUUUACUUUUAAGUUGAAUCUGUUGGAUUACACAGUUUGGCUGUAAUCAACUUUCAAUGUUUAGUUUCUAUUGGAUGACGCAUGGCGAAAUUCCACAAAACUUAUGCUAUUAUAACCAUUAUAACACAGUUCUCACGAACCCAUACAAUUCUGUUUCUAGAUAAGCAGAGAAACGGAGAAUAAAAAUAUACAAAUUA